UCUAUUCCUGUUUCAUAUCUCGAGUUCCUCAGGAAAAUGGUUCGAUAUACGUACAUCUUUGUCCUGGUGCUUUUGGCCAUUUGCUCCCGAUGCGGAUCCUCCAUGGCUAUUCCGGAUGAGGAGCGCUAUGUGCGCAAGGAAUACAACCGGGACCUGCUGGACUGGGUCAACAACUUAGGACAAUUUACGCCCGGCCAGGUGGCCACCCUUUGCCGGUAUCCGCUGGUUCUGGAGAACUCCUUGGUCCCAUCCAUGCCCAUCAGGAAACGCAACUCGGAGCUCAUUAACUCGCUGCUCAGUCUGCCCAAGAACAUGAACGAUGCGGGCAAGUAAACGUGAAUAAGUCCCGGUCGAUUUUUCGACGGAAUCGGAUGACCGCACCUUUGAACCCACGGAACCUGGACAAGAACCUAUUAUUUAAUGUUAUAUUAUAUUUUUUUGGUGCGUUAAAGGAAAAUGGAAAUCCGCAGAAAAGAGCUGGUGUAGUCAUCUAAUAGAGAGGAAAGACCGUAUGAAUUUGUUGCUUUAAAAAAUAUGUAGAAAAAUAUACAAAUAUCAAAUCUUAAAA